CAGCUGCGCCACUGUAGCACGUCUGGUGAAGACGCUCUAAGCCAAUGGGAGAAGCUCUCCUGACACGGCCCUGUCUCCAUGUGGGGCUAAGCCCCCAGACACUGCCAUGGGGAGCGUCACCCUGCAGUACCGCAUCCAGGACCAGACCUACAAGGAGACGCUGCAGUUCCCCCUGCAGCCACAGGAUGGAGACAGGCUGCCCGUUCACCGGCUGGCAGCCAAGUCGCUGCUGCUGGAGCUGGAGGGAGCCGUGGACACCAGGUCGGAGGGGGACCGGCACCAGGUGCUGGAGACCAGCCUGAGCUCGGGGGUCGUCUGCUCCCUCACAGCCUACGUGGGGGUGGACACGGAGCGGGGGCAGCCGGUGCAGGGGCCGCUGGUGAGACGGGACAUCCCGCUGACAGCCUUCAGGGCCGCACCCCGCAGGAAGAAUUUGCUGUGUUCCCCCAUGGGCCGUUCCCCCUCUGUGCCCAUGAUCCAGGCCCAAGGGCCCUCCCGUGUGUCCGUGGACUGCGCCAUGGCCUGCAACUUUGACAACAGCUCGGAUGUGCAAGUUGAGAGCCGCCGCCCCCUCAUCCCCCUCUGUGACACUCACCCCCAGGGCUUCCAACGGGAAGUACAGCUUAUAUUCCCCGCCAAGGCCGCUCGUUCUGGCCCCCGCGCCAUCCAAAAGUUCAGUUCGGGGUUCACCGAACACAUGUUCAAGAAGUACUGCAAACUAAGAGCCCCGCCGGAGACCACGUCCCAGAAAGAGCGGGCACCCGAAGAGUCUCCCCUGCUGAGGCUGGUGUCUCUGCAGAAUGCUGACGGCUCGUGGGACCUGGACCCCCAGCUCGCCGCUGCGCUGGGGGUGAGUGAGACCGACACCGUGGGGAGGAUGCCCAGUAAGGACAUGGCCCCCAGCAUCUGGGCCACGGUGCUGGCCGUGGUCUGGCUGCACAGCCGGGCCAUGGGGCAGCGCGACGAGUGGGAGCUGCUGGAGGCCAAGGCUGUGAGCUGGGUGCGGGGCCAAGCAGGGCCCCAGCUGAGCGAAUGUCUGGAAGCCGCCAACACCCUGUUGGGCUGCAGCGUUGGCCCUGCUGUCUUCAGGCUCUGAGCCCCCCAGGAUCCCCCCCCCCGCAAGCUACCCAGGGCCUCCUGCCCAGCUGAGGCCCCACCCCCCGAUCCCCAAACCUCCCCCCAAGCUACCCUGGGCCUCCAGCUUGCUAACCCCCCCACAGGGAUCCUAAAUUAAGAGCAGCCAGUUGGUUGCAUAAGUUUAAGGAAAACAGUUUAAAUUGACCCUGUCACUUACAGCGGAGGAAGGUCGUUGUGCAGACAGGCCCUUGGUGCUGUGGGCGGAGACUGUCUCUGCCAGCCCCUCGCUGGAAUAAAGCAGUUCCC